GUUUUGAUUCGUCCGAUAUCCCAAAAAGCAAUAUUUUCCGCAUGCAACCAAAAGCGAAAUAAUAAAAUGUUGCCUGUGUAAUUGUACUUCCGAAGUUUUGUCGAUUUGAAUAGUCUCUCAGGCGUCGAAGGAACCCCAUUUGUCCAAAAGGACGCCGUUUGUCGGAGAAAUCUACUUCGCAGCCGGAAAAUUCACAGGAAGUCUAUUUGCCUUGAGUUCGCAAGUUGCCAAUUUCUUGACGACCCCAGUGCAAAAGUCGCAAAAAUAUUACGAAUAUUUGCUGGUAAUCAUUUCAAGGGACUAAGCAAAGCCGGUGCGACGAAAGCAGGGCAGGAUCAGGAGAGCAGGAGCGGAGUGGAGAUCCUGCUGGCAGCAGGGGCCCUAAGCUAUGAGUGCGGCCAAGAAGUACAAGCCCAUGGACACAACUGAGCUGCACGAGAACACAGAGAAUAUUGCCGCCUGCCUGAAGAAGGCCGAGAACGUCGCCCCCACCGCUGCUGCCGCCUCGAGCGUGGGCCGCAGUGCCUUCGCUGCCCAAAACAUGAAUUCUGCGUCCACCAACGGCGAGCGCCUGCCAAACUUCUCCAAGCUAGGCGGCAGCCAUGGCGAGAUCCGCACGGCUUCAACUACCUCAAAUCUCCUCAAUCGCAUGGGGGCUAUUCACAACAGCAAGCCUGGCGAUGUCAAGAAGAUAGUGAUUAAGAACUUUAAGGAUAAGCCUACACUGCCCGAUAACUAUUCCAAGGACACGUACGUGAAGCUUGAAGAAGCCGUUAUCGCCAUCCAACUCUCCAAGCCCAUUAAAUAUUCGCUGGAGGAGCUCUACCAGGCGGUGGUGAACAUGUGUAGCCACAAGAUGGAUGCACAAUUAUACGCGAAACUCAAGGAGCUAACAGAGCAACACGUAAAGCGCAAUAUUAAGCUCAAGGAGCUCACCGGCGGUAGCAUGGACAAACUGAUUUUGCUGGAAAAGAUCAACCACUGGUGGCUCUCGUUCUGCCAACAAAUGAUCAUGAUUCGCAGCAUAUUCUUGUAUAUGGAUCGAACUUAUGUGCUGCAAAAUUCGACCGUUCACUCGAUUUGGGACAUGGGGCUGGACCUUUUUCGCAUCCAUUUUGCUCAAAACAGCGUUGUCCAAAAGCGAACCGUCGACGGUUUACUAACGCUUAUUGAAAAAGAACGACAAGGCUCCACCGUGGACCGUGGUUUGCUGAAGAGCUUGGUUCGCAUGUUAUGCGACCUGCAGAUCUACACCAGCUCCUUUGAGGAGAAGUUCCUCGACGCAACCAAUCAAUUGUAUAAGGCUGAGAGUCAACGCAAGAUGCAAGAACUGGAAGUUCCCGAGUACUUACAACACGUCAACAAGCGUUUGGCCGAGGAGAACGAGCGUUUGCGUCACUAUCUGGACUCGAGCACCAAACAUCCACUGAUUUACAAUGUGGAAAAAGAGUUACUUGCCGAACACCUAACGUCAAUAUUGCAGAAGGGCUUGGAUUCAUUGUUGGAAGACAACAGACUGAGUGACCUUACACUGUUGUACGGGCUGCUUAGUCGAGUCAAAAAUGGAACAUCCGAGCUGUGCGGCAAUUUCAACGGUUUCAUUAAGAAAAAGGGACGCACCAUUGUCAUCGAUCCCGAGAAGGAUAAGAGCAUGGUCCAAGAUUUGCUCGAUUUCAAGGACAAAAUGGAUGUGAUAGUUCGCACCUGCUUUGAGCACAAUGAGAAAUUCACAAACUCGUUGCGCGAGGCCUUUGAGUUCUUUAUCAACCAACGUGCCAACAAGCCGGCCGAGCUUAUUGCUAAAUACGUAGAUAUGAAACUGCGAUCUGGCAACAAGGGAACCACAGAUGAGGAGUUGGAAAAGACUCUAGAUAAAAUCAUGGUUCUGUUUCGUUUUAUACAUGGCAAAGAUGUAUUUGAAGCGUUUUACAAAAAGGACUUGGCCAAACGAUUACUUGUGGGCAAAUCGGCAUCAGUGGAUUCCGAAAAGAGUAUGCUCUCCAAGCUUAAGCAGGAGUGCGGUGGAGGGUUUACGUCCAAGCUGGAGGGCAUGUUUAAGGACAUGGAACUGAGCCGAGAUAUCAACAUUGCGUUCCGCGGACACGCGUUAAGCAACAACCGCGAUGUCCACAACUUGGACUUGUGCGUCAGCAUUCUUACCAUGGGCUACUGGCCUACAUAUGCACCUACAGAGGUCACAAUGCCGCCACAGUUCAUCAAUCCUCAGCAGAUUUUCAACAAAUUUUAUCUGGAAAAGCAUAGUGGGCGGAAGUUGCAGUGGCAGCCUACAUUAGGAAAUUGUAUGCUGCGUGCUCAAUUCGAUGCGGGACCGAAAGAAUUGUUGGUCUCGCUGUUUCAAGCGCUUGUGCUUCUAUUGUUUAACGAUAAGCCAGUUCUGAGCUACGAGGAGAUAUUGGCCGCCACCCUCAUCGAGGAUGGAGAGUUGCGUCGAACACUUCAGUCCCUGGCUUGUGGGCGCGCCCGCGUCAUAACAAAAACACCGAAAGGCCGCGAAAUCUUGGAUGGCGAUCAGUUUGAUUUUAACAAUGAGUUCACAAACAAAUUGUUUAGAAUCAAGAUCAACCAAAUACAGAUGAAGGAGACAAAUGAGGAGCAAAAGGCGACGGAGGAGCGUGUGUUUCAGGAUCGUCAGUAUCAAAUUGAUGCGGCUAUUGUGCGCAUUAUGAAAAUGCGAAAAACGCUGAGCCAUAAUCUUCUCAUCACCGAGCUGUUCAACCAGCUUACCUUCCCUGUCAAGCCCGCUGACCUAAAGAAGCGAAUCGAGUCGCUCAUCGACCGCGACUACAUGGAGCGAGACAAGGAUAAUCAAAACCAAUACAACUAUGUGGCAUAAAUGGCCACAGAUUCUGUGAAAUCCGAACACCGAUUCGAUUGUAAUUCGCUCUAUACCAUACACAUACAUACUAGCAGUCUAAUGAAGUUUUUGGAGUGCCCUCGUCCGAUCGGCGAUGUUCAGAGUUUUUCAGCUGUAAUUUCGUUUCUAUAACUAAAUCGUUGAACAAUCCGCCAGCUAAUAGUGUAGCGACAGUUCUUUUUGUAAGUUACCUUAUCAUACAAUAAAUUAAGCGUUUAUUUUACAAGCCGAGUCCUUUGAAAUAGGUCAUCGCCCUCGGAACGUCGAUGCCUCCAGCAAUUUAAAAAAGUUUUCGAACCGAAAGCAAACUAGGUGUUCAAUAAACUUAUUUAUUGGACUUAUUCUAAUUUGUUUACUUUUAAUUGAUAAUUCUCCUUCAAUUAACAAUAGAAGUGACAUUUGCAGGCUAAUUUUCUAAAGGAAACAUUAAAAUAAUUAUAACUCGUACUAGUAGCUCUGUAUGCAAAAAAGAGAUACGCAUAACUUAAUAGUUUUUUAUUUACCAUAAAUAAAAAAUUACUUGAAAAUAU